CCGUGUCCUAAGCCACGCCUCUUUCCCGUGACUAACCCCGCCCCUUCCUAUAAAAAGCCAGCGCCUCUCCUUUUCGCCGCUCAGUCGCUGUCCCGCCUCUUUCGGCGGAGCUGGGAGAGUCGAGGGGACGCGCGCGCACGAGAGAGAGCCGUGAGGGAAGGCGGGAGCGCGCGUUUGAGGCGGGCGGGCGGCGAAGCGACCCUGUUGGAGGGGCGGCGGCUUUUUCCUCCCUCCCUCCAGCCACACACCGCCAAGGGACGAAGAAGGUAGAGCCGAGCAUGGCGCUCUCGAUGCCGGUGAACGGGGUGAAGGAGGAGGGCGACAAGGAGCCGCUCAUCGAGCUCUUCGUCAAGGCUGGCAGUGAUGGAGAGAGCAUAGGAAACUGCCCCUUUUCUCAGAGACUCUUCAUGAUCCUUUGGCUCAAGGGUGUGGUGUUUAGUGUUACAACAGUUGACUUGAAAAGGAAACCUGCAGAUCUCCAGAACCUGGCUCCAGGGACGCACCCACCCUUUAUCACAUUUAACAAUGAAGUCAAAACGGAUGUGAACAAGAUUGAAGAGUUUCUUGAAGAAGUCCUCUGCCCCCCCAAGUAUGCAAAACUUUCCUCAAAACAUCCAGAAUCAAAUACUGCUGGAAUGGACAUCUUUGCCAAAUUUUCAGCAUUUAUCAAGAACUCCAGGCCAGAAGCUAAUGAAGCCUUGGAGCGAGGCCUUCUGAAAACUCUGCAAAAGCUGGACGACUACCUAAACACUCCUCUCCCUGACGAGAUCGAUGAGAACAGCAUGGAGGACAUCUUGGUUUCCGCCCGCAAGUUUCUUGAUGGUGAUGAGAUGACGCUAGCAGAUUGCAACUUAUUGCCCAAGCUACAUAUUGUUAAAGUUGUGGCCAAAAAAUAUCGCAACUUUGAUAUUCCCAAGUCCAUGACGGGGAUAUGGAGGUACCUGACCAAUGCCUACAGCCGUGAUGAAUUCACCAACACUUGUCCUGGAGACAAAGAAAUUGAAAUCGCUUACAGUGAUGUAGCUAAGAGACUUGCUAAAUAAGCAGCACUUCACCAACGUUCAUAACGAAAUGCUUCUUUUAACAGACUGCUCUUUGUUUUUGUCUUUUUAAGAUAGCAAUUUACUUUGCAUGAUUUUGCAGUUAUUCAGUGUUAUGUUUCAUAGGACCAAGGGUACAGUGAUUUGUUUAAAACUUGCAGAUGGUUGUUUUGACAUUCUGCCUGCUGUAGUUGUUUGAUGCUGCAGUACACCAAUUCUGGAAUCUUGGCCAGGAGUUCUGAAUGGCUCACUGCUUUUGCUCUCGUGAGCUAUGGAUAAAGUUGCAGGUACUGGACCUAUAUUAGAUGAGAACCAGUUUAUUUAGUCAGUAGAACUGAGUGGUAAAGAUUUUCUGGACUGAACUACUGCAGAAUAGGGGGGUGGGCUGCAUAUUAGAAUAUCUCCCCAGUGUGUGCACAGACUGGCAUGUUGGGAACAAGGGUUCACCCUAGGCUUUUUUAGAUUAAAAAAAAAAGAUGUUCGAAGAAGUUUUUUCAUUGGAGAGUAUACAAAAUACACAGCGUAUCCCCCCUGCAAUCUGCAGCCUGAAACCGUUCAGUUCAUUAAAAGCUUUAUUGUUUUGAUCCUACUGAUUGUAUAUAACUGGACCUUUGAUGUUAAAUGACAAAUUCCCAAAUCAGUCUGAGAAGUGUUUCUUGAUGUGGUUUAAGGUUAUUUAUGUAUUUGGGGGAUGUCUUUAGACAACGGUGUACACCAGAGCUCUUCGAAACACUGCACCUAUUGGUCUGUCUGCACUGUGCCCCUAAGCUGCUUAUUGUCUGCCCUGAAAAGGAGCAACUUGCAGAAUUACUGGGAGAAAAUUAGGAGACUGCCUUUGCUCCUAAGGAGAAGUCAGUGGACAAGCUCAGAUACCAGGAAGCUGUACUCUUGGGAAGGGGGGGGGGCGCUUAUUUGUAAUUUACCCAUUUUUGCAUGGGUCCAAUCUUUUUUGCUUUGGUCCUCUUGGACUGCCAAGUGGCUGGGUCAGUCUCCCCCCCAGGAAAUCUUCAUUAGAGGAUGACUUUAAGCUGCACCACCAGUAAAGAAGAAUCUGGCCUUCAUGACAAAAGACAAGGUGACAAGAAUAGCAAGAUGCUUCUUUUUAAGGCACUAAGAGCUUUGUCAAUAUGCAGGACUUAUUCCUGAACAGAUAUUCAAAACCUGUGCUGUUAAACGUCUUCGAUAAGUGCUUAGUUUCUAUUCAACAAAAAAGCUACUCUCAUGUUGCUAAUUAGAAGUAUAGCAAUUGUUGCUGCAGAGGUUUCCUGCUUACGUCUGUUAACAUCAAAAUUUUGAUGAGAACAGUUUUUUAAACAGUUUUUUAAAAUACGUGCAAAGUGACCUUCAAGAACAAACAUGGUUGCCUUAAAAGAACCAUAAUUCCAAAAAAGAUUUUUUUUUCUUCUCUAAAGCCAUGGAACAUGAGGUUAUAUUGUGUUAAUUUCAGUCAACCAUUGCAUAAAUAUCUCUGACCUGUAGGUUUUCACGCCAGACUCAUUAGAGGUCAGAGAGGUUUUUUCCCUAGAAUGAAAGCAAGAAAUAGUACUGUAACUUUAAAAAAGCAAAUCCUUUUUGUGUUCUUUAAUAAAAACACACAAAAGUUUGAGGCAUAGAGUAGCCUUUCCAUUUUUAAAAAGCCAUCAAAAACUACUCCAACAAAUGUCUCACCAGUAUACUUUUUUGUA